AUGGCCAUCAGGCCUUUGAAUAGCCGUCACGCUCGGCCCAGUCCCGGAACUUCUCGUCGACGCUCGCGUCGCAUAAUACAGUUUACUAACUUUUCUAUAGGCUCUAGAGGUGGCAGAGGCGGUCCAAGAGGUGGCGGUCGCGGUGGUUUCGGCGGCGGCCGUGGUGGUGCUCGUGGUGGCUUCGGCGGUGGCCGUGGUGGUGCCCGUGGUGGCUUCGGCGGUGGCCGUGGUGGUCCAAGAGGUGGUGCCCGUGGUGGCCCAAGAGGCGGUGCCCGUGGCGGUGCCAGAGGUGGUGCCAGAGGUGGUGCCAAGGUCGUCAUCGAGCCCCACAAGCACGCUGGUGUCUUCAUUGCCAGAGGCAAGGAGGAUUUGCUGGUUACUAAGAACAUCGCUCCUGGCGACUCCGUAUACGGUGAAAAGAGAGUCUCCGUUGAGGAGCCCUCGAAGGAGGACGGUGCCCCACCUACCAAGGUUGAAUACCGUGUGUGGAACCCCUUCAGAUCUAAGCUUGCUGCCGGUAUCAUGGGUGGUCUAGAUGAGCUUUUCAUUGCUCCAGGCAAGAAGGUUUUGUACUUGGGUGCCGCUUCCGGUACCUCCGUCUCCCACGUUGCUGAUGUCGUUGGCCCGGAGGGUCUGGUGUACGCCGUCGAGUUCUCUCACAGACCAGGUAGAGAGCUGAUUUCUAUGGCCAAGAAGAGACCUAAUGUCAUCCCUAUCAUUGAGGAUGCCAGACACCCUCAAAAGUACAGAAUGUUGAUCGGUAUGGUCGACGCUGUUUUUGCGGAUGUUGCCCAGCCUGAUCAGGCCCGUAUUAUCGCCUUGAACUCUCACAUGUUCUUGAAGGACCAGGGUGGUGUGGUGAUUUCCAUCAAGGCCAACUGUAUCGACUCCACUGUCGACGCGGAGACUGUGUUCGCUAGAGAGGUGCAGAAGUUGCGUGACGAGCGCAUCAAGCCUUUGGAGCAGUUGACUUUGGAACCUUACGAAAGAGACCAUUGUAUUGUCAUUGGUAGAUACAUGAGAAGUGGUUUGUGA